GCUUUCGAGAACACUUCCACCAAUGUCGCCGCCGCUCAGAUGCGCAACUCCCUGACACGCCUUGCCGAGACCGUAGAGGACGGCGAGCAGAAGAAGCUCUUCGAGACCGAGAUGGACAACUUCUUUGCUCUCUUCCGCCGGUAUCUUAACGACAAGGCCAAGGGAAAUGCUGUCGACUGGGACCGCAUUGCCCCUCCUGCCCAGGGCCAGGUCGUCGACUACGAGGAUCUCGCCAACACCGAAGCCGUCCAGUUCCUCAACAAGCUUGCUGUUUUGAAGCUGAACGGUGGUCUCGGUACCUCCAUGGGUUGCGUUGGCCCCAAGUCCGUGAUCGAGGUCCGUGACGGCAUGUCCUUCCUCGACCUUUCCGUGCGACAAAUCGAGUACCUCAACCGCACCUACGACGUUAACGUCCCCUUCAUUCUGAUGAACUCUUUCAACACCAACGACGACACUGCUGCUAUCAUUAAGAAGUACGAGGGCCACAACGUGGACAUCCUCACAUUCAACCAGUCCCGAUACCCCCGAAUUUACAAGGACUCUCUUUUGCCUGUUCCCAAGAGCUUCGAUUCUUCCAUCAACGAGUGGUACCCUCCCGGCCACGGUGAUGUUUUCGAGUCGCUUUACAACUCUGGAAUCCUCGACAAGCUCAUCGAGCGAGGCAUCGAGAUUGUUUUCCUGUCCAACGUGGACAACCUGGGUGCCGUUGUUGACCUGCGCAUCCUGCAGCACAUGAUUGAGACCAAGUCCGAGUACAUCAUGGAGUUGACCAACAAGACCAAGGCUGAUGUCAAGGGUGGUACUAUCAUCGACUACGAGGGCUCUGUCCGCCUGCUGGAAAUUGCCCAGGUCCCUAAGGAGCACGUGAACGAGUUCAAGUCCAUCAAGAAGUUCAAGUACUUCAACACCAACAACAUUUGGCUGAACCUCAAGGCCAUCAAGCGUGUCGUGGAGAACGACGAGCUUGGCAUGGAGAUUAUUCCCAAUGGCAAGACAAUCCCUGGCGACAAGAAGGGCGAGUCUGACAUCAGCAUUCUUCAGCUGGAAACCGCCGUUGGUGCUGCCAUUCGUCACUUUAACAACGCCCACGGUGUGAAUGUGCCUCGUCGUCGUUUCCUUCCAGUCAAGACAUGCUCUGAUCUUAUGCUGGUGAAGUCUGACUUGUACACCCUCAAGCACGGUCAGCUCCAGAUGAGUGCCGCCCGAUUUGGCGAUGCGCCCCUCAUCAAGCUCGGCGGUGACUUCAAGAAGGUGUCCGACUUCCAAAAGCACAUCCCUUCCAUCCCCAAGGUCCUUGAGCUUGACCAUCUGACCAUCACCGGUGCUGUCAACCUUGGCCGCGGAGUCACACUCAAGGGUACUGUCAUCAUCGUAGCUACCGAGGGCAGCACAAUUGACAUCCCCCCCGGUUCCAUCCUCGAGAACGUGGUUGUCCAGGGUUCCCUGAGACUCCUGGAGCACUAA